GGAGUAUCCUACACUGGUUCCUUCAUCAUGACCCUGGAGACCAAGAUGAACUUGGCCCGUCUGGGGAAGGAAGGAGAGGGGCUGGGGGAGCAGGGGAAAGAGGGACCUCGGGCCUACUGCCUGGCAGAUAGUGACGAAGAGUCCUCCAGUGCUGGAUCGUCUGACGAAGAGGAUCCCCCAGAAAUCCCCAUGGACAUGCUGGGGGCGGAGGGUUUCGUCGGAGGCCACCGGCCCAGUAAGAUCAUGAGGUUUGUGGACAAGAUCGCCAAGUCUAAGUACUUCCAGAAGGCCACGGAGACAGAGUUUAUCAAGAAGAAGAUCGAGGAGGUGUCCAACACGCCACUGCUUCUCACCGUGGAGGUGCUGGAGUGCCGCGGGAUGCUGGCUGUCAACAUACCACCCCCACCCACCGACAGGAUAUGGUAUGGCUUCAGGAAUCCCCCCCACUUGGAGCUGAAAGCCCGGCCCAAGCUGGGUGAGAGGGAGGUCACGCUGGCCCACGUCACCGACUGGAUCGAGAAGAAACUGGAUCAGGAGUUUCAGAAAAUAUUUGUGAUGCCAAACAUGGAUGACCUCUGGCUACCCAUCAUGCACUCUGCCAUGGACACCCGUUCUAAUGCCAACCUGGCUACUGUGACAACAUCGACCGAUGCCUUGAGGGACCCAGACCUCUCGGAGCCUGAACUCUUUGACGUGUGAAGACAACAAGACUCUCCGUUUCUGGGGUGUUGCUAAGGAUAAGUCACUGGCGACCUGACAUCCCAGUAACCACUGGUGCCAGCGUCGCAGUGGGCGGGGCUUACUUUCCUUCCCUCAGGACAGUGGGCCAAUCCCACAGCCACUCCAGACUGUGGAUCCUCUACCAGGAAGUGAAGAAAGGCAGAGAGAUGGAGAGAGACAGCCUGCUUACUUCUCACUUGGCUGGGAAAUACUGCAUCAUUGGUUUGAGGGAAUAUUAAUCUGAGGACGGUGUCAGACAGGUCAUGGAUUCACAGAGCAUUUGGAUUGUAAGUGUGUGUGUGGUCAGACAAAUUGCCAUGCAGUGUAAACUGAAGAACCACACUACCUGUGAUAUACAGCAGCUACACCAAACGUCAUAGAUGAACAUGAAAAGUGUGUGUACUAAUCGAAUUCCAUGAUAUGCCCUGCAUUUCUUUUUCCAUUGACUUUCAGACCCGAAACCCAUGAAAAAAGAAUGGGUGUAGAUGGUCAUAGAGAGAAGGCUGUGUGUGUGAUUUGUCACAUGCUUCAUCAUCUAAUGCACAUAUGGGCAUUGUGAGACAAUGUCUAUCCCUUUCUCCGCCCCCUCCCCAUCCAUAGCGUGGCAUUCCUUAUGCAAACAGGUCAACGCCACUGUGCAUCGAUCAACAAUACCAUCCUACCCCCAAAACAACUCAAACUGCAGAAGGCAGGCAUGUGGUAGUUACUGAAUAGCCUGGGAUGAAUACCCUUGCCUGAGACCUGAAAAUGUGUGUUGGAUCCUCAAGAUGUCUAUGCUUUAGCUCAGCGUGCUCACACUCUUGUGGCAUGGGUAUGAAACCCGAGUAAGUCACAGAUGAAGGCUAUAUAUAGUAGUUACUGACUGUAUAGCUUGGGAGCUUUCAUCAAAUGCAUAGGGCCUUCAGUGUCUUCUGUCCACCAUUGCCUCAGCCAUUCUGAAGUCAAACCACAUUGUUGACGAGGUGUACAAAUACCAACCAUAAAUCUAUGUAUUGUCACAAGUCUUACAGCUAUGAUGUCAAAAGAGGUGUGUAGAGUGUAGACAGAAGGCCUAAUGAAUGUACCUGUACAUGUAAAGCAGGCAGUUCCCUAACUGGGUCAAAUAUAAAGGACCCUAAUAGACUGCUGACCUAGGGCUCGAUUCAAUCAGAUCCGCUUUAGGCGACAUCUGCAUAAUGGUUGUUUUGCUGGUGGAACUGCAUUAGAGCAGUCAAAUCCACAAGCGGCUUCUGGAAUUCUACCUAAAGCAGACAUUACCAUUGUGUUUUGAGUCGCAUUAAGAGAAAUCCUAUGCAGACCAGCUUACAAGUUCCAACAUUGGAAUGUGAGAUGUUUUCUACACCUUAAUUAGGCUGUUAGUUUUUUUUUUGAAUGAUUUUCAAUUUGAGUGUCAUUUUCUAUAUAGACUAUACUUUCUCAUUCUGAACUUCUAAUGUGUGGGCCGGUGUGGCUUUGUGACAAUGAUCACAAGAGCAGCUGCUCACCGAUUUCACAGCUUCAACAGUUACACCUCCAAAACAUUAGCUUUGCGGGUGUCAUCUAACCCUGGUAAAUGCUUGAUCUGAUUGAAUCGAGUCAUUACUUUGGCAGUGGCAGGAGAUAUUUCUGGAGUUCAUUUUCUAUCAACUGUUUUAAAACGCAGUCAAAUGCAUUUGUCUCGUCUUAUAGGCCAAGCAGCACUUUCACACACAUCUCUUUUUAAAACUGUUUCUCAACCUUUUUUGUACCAGCAACUGGCAAAUCUGGUGUCUUAUUCAGGGGGUGAACUUGUACAGCAAGUCUCACAAUACAGAAACAGGAGAUAGGCUCCUGCCCUGUGGUCCAUUCUGGUCCGGACAAGGUAUGCUUAGUUGCUGCCAAAGCUAUGCGUUUCCUCUUUGGAGCACCACUGCGCUACAUUACUCCAUUGUCAGACACCCAUCGGAGGGACUGAUCAGCAACAUCCCAGGGCCCGGCCAUUGAGCACCACUUUCUUAGACCACGUUCACCAGCUAGGAUACGUUACAGCUUCCACACUCAGAUUCUGAACAUGUUUAGACGCCUGCAGCUGGUGAUUCAAACAGCCAUAACUUAUGUUAGCCAUACCGCUCAACCAAUGGAAACAUGAGCCAUUCAGUAAAUAUGACUGCUUUUCUUUAUCAAUUUCCUGUCUUGAAAUACCUGACUUCAUGCUAUGUACAUGUGAAAAAUAAACCAUUUCAAAUAUCAA